GUUUACAUCGCGGCCCGAGACAGCUGACGGGAGGCCCCCGCGGGCCGGGAAGUAUCGGCCGUUAUCGCGCCCGGCCAGAUUCGGCGACGUCGUAUUUCCCCGACGCCGUCUCGGCCGCGCGGGAUAACGUUAUCGCGUCACCGGCGCGUAACGUCGUAACGCGACGGGAAUUGCCGUUCUUUUGGCGCGCGAUAGCGCGAGACGCCUGGCGCCUGGAGGUGUGUGCGUGCGCGUGUACGGUCGGACUCGAUAAGCGGCGAUCGCGAAUGACGAAAUCGGCGAAACGCGAUAAGAGAGAAUAGUUCGACGCUAAUUUGGCGCGCCCUCAAAUGAUUACCGAGCAGGCGACUGUGUACUUUGUUUUGCAACGUCGCAAAGGACAUGGGAAAACGAAAGGCCUCACCUCCAUACUGGUGGGCACGUUGGACAGUGUUUUCGACACCAAACCACCGCCUUUUAGAAUUCUCCAUCAGACACCAUCGUCGGAAGUCUAUUGGGAAGUGGCAUGUUCCUUGACCCGCGAGGAGAUUUUGCAGGACUGGGAAUGGCUCCACUCGAAUCUAAUGACCACACUGACGUCCUUCGACACCGAGGAGGAGAUAACGGAAUUUGUUUGCUGCAAAAUUCAAUCUAUAAUAGCAAAUAGCAUCCCAGAUUCUCAGUUUGCAGAUGAAGAAGACCCAGAGUCUUUUAAAACUGUGUCCUUUAAAUUCCACCAAUUGUUCAAUAUACCCAAAGAGGACAAGUUGGUCAAUUAUUACUCAUGCAGUUACUGGAAGUCACGUUUACCUAGACAAGGAUGGCUCUACUUAUCUGUAAAUCACAUGUGCUUUUACGCUUACAUACUGGCCAGAGAGACGAAGCUGACCGUAAGAUGGACAGACAUUACGGAAUUGAGCAAAACCAAUGCCCUCUUAGUUCCAGAUAGUAUACGUGUUGUGACACGCGACAAUAAAGAGCAUUAUUUUUCCAUGUUUUUACAUAAAUCGGAAACGUACUCGUUGAUGGAGCAACUGACCAAUAUCGCUAUGAAAAGACUCAUUGACGAAAAGAGUGGAUUUAACGAGGAUAGAGACCUACUGAAUAAAUUAAGCAAAAAUGUGCCUAAGAAGCCGUCUUUCUUGAAGAGGGAUCUGGAUGCUCGAGCGCAUUCGGAAACGUACAGGCUUCAAUUUAGAUUGCCGGGCGCCGAGAAGUUGGACGGUAGCAUCGACGUCACUUUAUGGACUCCGUACAGCAAAAGAUAUGUCUGGGGGAAGAUAUACUUAUCUCAAAAUUAUCUUUGUUUUGAAAGUAGGGUAAGAAGGCAGGUCAGUUUGGUUAUACCUCUGAGGGAAGUGACGCUCGUUGAACCGGCGGAGAAUCAGUCCAGCACGGGAGCGGAUAAGUCGAUAUUGGUUACGACGGCGCGUUCGUCGUUUCUGUUCGCUCAGAUACACGACAGAGAUUUCGUGGUGCAGAAAAUUUCCGAGCUCUUAGCGAAGUCCAAGCUUAACUACAUAACGAGAGAUAACGUGUGUUUGCAAAAUUCCUCGGGCAGUAGCAUCAGCAAUUGCGAGGAGGCGAAACCUACGGAGCAGUGGAAACCGCAACCGCCAUUGAUGGUGCUUUUUAAGGCCCCGUUGACCCCCGAAGCCGCGUUGAAGCAAGAGGCCAAAGAGAAGCAAUGGGAGCUUCAUUUUGCGGAAUACGGAAGAGGAAUUACAAUGUACAGAACUACGGAAACUACAAAACUCGUUAUUCAAGGAAUACCGCAGACUCUCAGAGGGGAAGUUUGGCUCACCUUUUCUGGUGCCUUAAAUGAGAAGGCAAUGAAUCCAGAUUUAUACAAAUCGUUGGUCGAGCAAUCCCUUGGCAAAUCGUGUCAAGCGAACGAGGAAAUCGAGAGGGAUUUGCAUAGAUCGUUACCGGAACAUCCAGCCUUCCAGUCGGACACUGGAAUCAGCGCACUACGGAGGGUGCUGUCUGCCUAUGCGUGGCGAAAUCCUCAGAUCGGUUACUGCCAGGCAAUGAACAUAGUGGCUUCUGUUCUGCUAAUUUAUUGCUCUGAGGAGUCGGCGUUCUGGCAGUUAUGUAAUGUUUGUGAAUCACUGCUGCCGGAUUACUAUGAUAGAAGAGUAGUCGGUGCCCUCGUUGACCAAGGCCUUUUAGAGGAACUGGCGGCCGAGCAUUUGCCAGUUUUGCACGCUAAGUUGCAAGAGCUUGGCUUAAUUAAAGUUAUCUCGUUAUCUUGGUUUUUAACUAUAUUCUUGAGCGUGAUGCCAACUAGCAGCGCUGUGAAUAUCAUGGAUUGCUUCUUCUACGAUGGAGCAAAGGUUAUUUUUCAGAUAGCAUUGACUGUGUUGGAUUGGAACCAAGACAAGUUACUCAAUUGUCGCGAUGACGGAGAAGCUAUGCAACUGCUAACAGAUUACCUUGGUGGUGUUUAUAACGACGAGGGCCCGAUAUUUCCCAGACCGGUUGACAGUGCGUCACCCAGUAAGAGUAUAUCUGUCCAAACGUUAAUUUAUGAAGCAUACUCGAGGUAUGGAACUUUGACAAUUGGUGGAAUAGAAAGAUUGCGCCUGAAGCACAGACUGAGGGUAGUUCAAAGCCUCGAAGAAGGAAUUGAGAAGAACGUAAUCAGAAGCGUCAUUGUUGAUAAAUAUAUGAAGAUGGAAGAAUUGCAGGAACUGUUGAGUUUAGUGAGAGAAGAGCUAAUGAGCCAACGAAAGUCCGAACCUGACCGCUACGAUCCGACUCAACCGCCGUACGAAGCGUACAAAGUGGACUUUGACUUAUUCAGAAUAUUAUUCGGUGGUUUAUCCCCGUGGGGAAAAUGCACUCAAGCCGAAUCUCUUUCUGCGCGACUGUUCCGUUUGAUGGACCGUAAUCGUGACGGUUUACUAAACUUUCGGGAACUAGUGCAAGCUAUAGGGAUGACAGCAACAGCUGAUUUAACGCAGAGAUUAAAGCUAUUGUAUACGUUGCAUUUACCGCCACUUCUUUUGCCUACCGACUUUGAAUCGCCAACACAUUCAGCAGAUGGAGCUGAAGUGGCAGCAGAAGCUACAGAUUUUUUCGACAGCAUGGAACAGAGCGUAGCUUCCUUGGAAAUGCCAGUUAGCGUGGCAGAAGAGCCGACCGUGGGCACAUUAUCACGAUCCACGAGCUUGAACAGCCAACCAGGUGAUCAAUCGUGGGAAGUUCAGAGUAUGGGUAGCUUACGUUCGAUGAUAGCGUCAAAGGACAGUCCAUUGGAUCUGAAAACCGUGCCAAAAAUGUCUCAGAGACACUUUAUAGCAUUAUGGAAAACUCUUUACGACAUGUUUCCUGCUCAACCCGAAGAACAGGAAACAUACCAUUGCAUUGCUUCCAUAGGCACCUUGCUGCUCCAAUUAGGAGACGUUGGCAAGAAAUUCUAUGUGGAGAGAGAAGAAUCUGAAGAUAGCUUACUUCUAGCUGCAUCUGCAGCUCAACAAGCUUCUUCAGUUAUCGAAAGGUCGCCUGACCGUAAUGGAAAUCCAUCGAGCAUAGCAUCGUCCGCUGAUCCCGAUUGGUCGAUAACUGUCGAGCAGUUUUUGGCAUCUGCUCUGACUGGCCAAGCAAUAGUAGACUUCUUUAGUAAACGAACCGACCUCAUGGAAGCUAUGACAACGUUGAAAAAUCGUAGAUUUAAUCGCGUUCAUUCUUUAUCAGACACACCUACCCUGAAUGGAUGACACAUGGUAAUUAAUGUGUAAGAAAAGUAGUACAUCUAUUUUUAUGCGUAGCUAUCUUAGAGAAAAUGAAGGAGAAAAUUGCUUGUCGCAGGAAUUUAUAUAUUAUUAGCGUUUACAACUUUUAAUUUGAAGAGAAACGCAUUUGCAUGAAUGACAAUACGUGCAAUACGAUAGCUAUGAACAAUACAAGUUCAUUUAUCACAAUACCGAGAAGUCGCGUCAGAACUUUUAUAUAUAGUUCUUAUCUAUAUUUUUGUUAUAAACACUCUUUUGCGAAUGAAGCAAUGCAUCAUGCGUCGUGUAAUUUAAUAAUUUGAUUUAAUAUCUCUUUUACAAGAUAAAUAGGUUCAAUUUCAAACUAUUGUAUUAAAUAUUAGUAUGAUUACUUUUUAAAUGUUUAUUAAAACAGUAUAUUUUUGUUAUUAUUUUUUUAAAUUUCUCUAACAAGGAAUAUAUUGGCCUACCUAUCAAUUAUCGCAAAUGUAUAAUAGCUCGUCAAUAGUGAGUACUCAGGGUAAAAAUCUGAAAAUAAUUCUAUCGCUUUAAAAUUAUCCAUGUACAAGUAACACGAGUUUUCAAAUAUGUAAUACUGACGCAAUGCGUUUUUAAGGAAACAACCUAAGGAAAUGACACUAAAAAUUUUUUUGGGCAUGUGCCCAACUAUUUCUGUUUUUCGCAGAUAUGUCGCAGACAUCAAACAAUUGCGAGAAAUGCAACAUGUAAAAUAUCGACAAAUGUCGAUUGUACAUCAAUAUUUUUGUUAUUUACGUAUAGAUUUAUUUAUCGCUACAAUUUUGCUUUACAGUAGACAUUAUUAUAUGCAAACGUCACAUAUUUCUCUCAGAUAUUAUUUUUCUUAACUAUUAUAAAAGACAAGUCGAAAUAUUGAAUCUAUAGUUAAAAAUGUUAAAAAUUACUUGUACAUUUGCCUAGAAAUUUCCACCAAAACAUUACAAAAUUCCUUCUUGAUGGACAUCGUAUAAAUAUUUCUUUACAUUAUAGCAAAUUCCAGUAAACCAAGUUAAUAUAUGGGAAAUAAUGGAAGAAAAAUAUGUCAUGUUAAACAGAAGUAAUAUUUUUUGUAAGUUGACCGAGAUACCAAUUCAGAAUUUAUACCAAUUUUUUAAGUGUCUGCAUAGAAGUAUACGUAUAAGAAAUCGCCCUAUUAGUAAAUAAUAUGCGUAAACGAUGCAAAAGCUAAUCUAAGGACAUGUAAAGCCAUUUUGAUAUGCAGUAUUAUUUGAUAACUGAUCAUCGCCUUCCAAUAAUACAACUUUCUUAUUAGCUGAUUCAUUCAUAAAGAAUUUCAGUAAGUAUUGCAAAUUAAUUUUGUCGUAUAAGUUACACGAAUAACUUAUUAUGAGAAGAAGAAACGGAUUAAUUAGAGACAGUUUUUUUCCAGAAUUUUGAAUUUUUAUAAAGUCAGUUGUAUCUUCGUUCAUUCAAUUUAAAAAAAAAAGUAUAAUCAUGGUAUGAAAUAAGUUGAUGUAAAAGUCCUUAAACGAUAAUAACGAUAGCAAAUUGUGCAUAUAGUAGACGACAUUGUCUAAAAGUAUCAAACCGUUAGUUUUCUUGAAAGAUCUAGUAUUCGUAAUCGACAGUGAAACGCGCCGAUUAACUUCUUCCUAUUCUAUGUAUAUGUAAAAGAAUGGAUCUUAAUGUAAGAGAUACAUAGAGCUUCUUCUUGAUCGAUUAAAAUUUUUUAAGAAUAGUUAAUCCCAAAUGUAUGUACAUGGCACGACACGAUUACGUACACACUUUAGUGAUAGUUUUUAUUUUUAUAUAACUGAAAAGUAUUCACACGAACAUAAUUUUACGAGCGUAAUUCACGAAGCGUUACUAUGGUAUCUGAUAUGUGUGGAGAAGUCAUAUUAUAUCAAUGUGUAUUAUACCUGUAUAUAAAGAUAUUUCAUACUUGUAACUGUAUGUAUAAAAUACAUAAUAAAUAUCACAUAGGAUAUA